AUUCUUGCAAAGCCUAAAGAAGAGCCUAGAGUUUGUUUUUUUCCCAGUGAAGCUUCUCUUGUUUGUUCAAUGGCAACUUCCAUUUCUGCAACUGGGUUCCAAGGAAACUUGAGCUCCUCUUUCCAUGGCAGUUGGGGAAGUUCAAUUGCGGGUGAAGACUAUAGCAUGCUAGCCAAGUCAGUAAAAACCCAUGUGAGAGUUGCAAAGCCAAGCAGAGCACAGCCAAUGAUGAAGAACGUCAAUGAAGGGAAGGGACUCUUUGCACCACUUGUAGUUGUUGCAAGAGACGUUAUUGGGAAGAAGCGGUUCAAUCAACUUAGGGGAAAGGCAAUUGCUUUGCACUCUCAGGUAAUUACCGAGUUCUGCAAAUCCAUAGGAGCUGAUGCAAAACAAAGGCAAGGGCUGAUUCGGCUGGCAAAGAAGAAUGGGGAAAAGCUAGGAUUUCUUGCAUGAUACGUUAGAUGCAAGCCUACAUUUUGUAUUUCCAACAUUAGAAAUUUAAUGUUAAUAGUUUGAGGACUUCCAGAUUUACAUACUCGUCCUGCUGGGACACCCUGAUGAUCCGAAUGUAAACUUUGAUGA